AUGCUGAGGAGGGGUGGCCGCCACCUGGUGAAGUGUCUCGACAGCUGGGUGGGCUCCGGAAGCGGCCCCCGGGCGGCUGCCUCCAAAGGGGUCUCGCUCCAUCCCACAUACAUGUCGUUCUCCAGGACCACAGUCAGGCCUCUUCCCUCCUCAAAGCUGAAGGAUUAUGCCCUGCCCAAUGCCAGCUGGAGUGAGGACAUGCUGGAUCAGUUCAACAAGUUCAUGGCCAUGUCUGAAGACGGGACUUGGAGAAGGAUCCCUUCGCACAGGAGUGUCGAGGAGAGCGCUCCAGAAUAUAUGAAGGAAAAAUUGGAGGAGGAGCAGAAGAAAAGAGACACCCGGUACUUCUGCAGGAGCAUCGACAGUGAAGGCCUUGGUUUUGAAUACGUUAUGUUUUUCAACUCGUCGCAGAAAAGGAUGGUGGGCAUUUUCCAGCUGGGUCCCUACCUGGAAGGGCCUCCGGGGAUUGUGCACGGCGGGUCUAUCGCCACCAUUCUUGAUGCCACCUUGUCGCUGUGCGCCUUCAUUGCCACCGACGCUGUUCUAACGGCUAACCUCAGCAUAAACUUUAAGAGCCCUGUGCAGCUGGGCUCCGUCGUCCUCGUGGACAGCAAAGUGGACCGGAUGGAGGGGAGGAAGGCAUUCCUCUCUGGUCCUGUGCUAAGUGUGGACGGGCAGACCCUUCACGCAGAGGGCACAGGUUCUUUCUUUUUUGCUGCGGUGUUGAACUCUGAUACUGCAACUGAAUUUCAGCAAGCCUGUCUAGGAGCAGCAGCUUCCUUCUACGUCACGCUUCCAAGCCCACUCAACGAGCCCCAGACCUUCGCCUAG